AUGAAUAUCUACAAAUUUAUUUUAAUAUCUAUUUUGGUGUCAGAGCUGAUAUUGGGCUCUUAUUGUAGUUCACAAAGUACAACAAGUAUAAGUAGUGUAAAGACCAUACCAAAUAGUGGCUGGAGAUGGUCUGAUCCACCACAGAUUGAUAUAUAUGGAAGUUUCAAUAAUAGCUACGAUCCAGACAACUACCAAAUCACUUUGACAAACAUAAACAACAACAAAACCAGUCGAUGCGAGAUCAACGAAAUAAGAAAUUCUACAAUUAUCAAUUGUAACCUGUACAUACAAUUCGAAAAUAAUUCAAUGAUCAACAUUUCCAUUGUUGAUAACUAUAAUUAUACUUCUUCUAAUAUUUUUAAAUUUAUUUAUUAUUAUCCAAAUGAAUCGAUCCAGUCAAUGGAAUUUAAUGCUGCUGAUAGUUCAAUGGCAAUCUAUGGGCAAUUUAAUAAUCGAUCUUAUUCUAUUUCGAUAGAUAGCCAGUUGUGUAAAUUACAAAUGGUCUCCAAUACAUAUUUGCUUUGCAAAAUGCCUUCAAACUAUUUAACAUUAAACAAUGUUGAUAAUGGAAAAAGUAAAUUGAUAAUAUAUGAUGAACAAAUCAUUUUAAUUAAUGAUACAUUCGAAACUUAUAGAACUCUUAUUUCUUUAGGAUUACCAUAUAUUUCCAAGGUUUAUGAUGUUUGGCAAAAUUCAACGACUGUCAUCGUUGGAAUGUUUUCAGAGGUCGAUUUCCCUGUUGAUUUAAUGACUGUUAAUGCGUGUGGUGAGAUAUAUCAAGUAUAUCCAAAGAAUAGAACAACUAUCGUGAUUACACUGGGUGUUAGAGUCUAUCCAAAUUGUAGAAUAAGUGUUGUCUCCUCGAAUGAAGUGUAUUAUAAUCAUAGUUAUUUAAGACCUGCAGAGGACUCUUCCUCUUUUGUCAACGAAGGUUCACACUCUGACCACUACAGCGACGACAACAACACCAAAAAUAAGAGUAAGAAUCAAAUCGCCUGGUAUAUCUGGUAUCUCAUUGGAGUCUCCAGCACCCUGGCAGUUCUCACCGCCGUUGGGUUAUUCGCUCGCUAUCUUUAUGUACAUAGAACUAAAAAGACAAAGUCCGACAAAUAUGGAAAAUUCAACGACGCCGAAGAUAAGGAAAAGGAAAAAGAGAAAGAGAAAGAAAGAGAAAAAGAGAAAGAGAAAGAAAAGGAGGAGAAUUCAAAUAUUGAAUAG